UUUACCCCACCUGCUGGCUGCUCCUCCAGCUCUUCCUUGUCAUGAUCAUGGCUGCCGGCUCUGAAGAACCUUUCCCAUUCCAUGGCCUGCUCCCCAAGAGAGAGACCGGAGCCGCUUCUUUCCUCUCCCGGUAUCCGCAGUAUGAUGGCCGCGGCGUGCUGAUCGCAGUGCUGGACACCGGGGUGGACCCGGGGGCCCCUGGGAUGCAGCAAACAUCAGAUGGAAAGCCGAAAAUAAUAGACAUUAUAGAUACCACUGGAAGCGGAGAUGUGAACACCAGUACUGUAGUGGAACCAAAAGAAGGUGUAAUAUUGGGCCUGUCUGGUAGAACCUUAAAGAUUCCCAUAGGCUGGCAAAACCCAUCCGGCAGAUAUCACAUAGGUGUGAAGAAUGGUUUCGAUUUUUAUCCAAAGGCACUCAGAGAGCGACUCCAGAAAGAGCGGAAGGAGAAGUUGUGGGAUCCAGUUCACAGAGCUGUACUAGCAGAAACUUGCCGGAAGCAGGAUGAGAUUGACACAAGUUCUAAUACUCAAACUUUGAUGGGAAAAUUGAUAAAAGAAGAUAUUCAAAAUCAAGUUGAAAUACUGAACAUAAUUGAAAAAAAAUUUGGAGAUCCCGGCCCUGUUUUUGACUGCUUGGUGUGGCAUGAUGGGGAGACGUGGAGAGCAUGUAUGGACACCAGUGAGUGUGGCGAUCUUGACUGCUGCACCGUUUUAGGAAGUUACCGAGAAGCCCAAGAGUAUGCAUCAUUUGGUGUAACAGAGAUGCUCAAUUAUUCAGUGAACAUUUAUGAUGAUGGCAACCUGCUUUCAAUUGUAACAAGUGGAGGUGCCCAUGGAACUCACGUGGCCAGUAUUGCAGCAGGGUUUUUUCCUGAUGAACCAGAAAGAAGUGGUGUUGCUCCUGGCGCACAGAUUCUAGCAAUAAAAAUUGGUGACACAAGACUGAGCACAAUGGAAACUGGCACAGGACUUAUAAGAGCGAUGAUUGAAGCAAUAAAAUAUAAAUGUGACCUCAUCAAUUACAGCUAUGGGGAAGCCACUCACUGGCCAAACUCUGGGAGGAUUUGUGAAGCAAUUAAUGAAGCCGUAUGGAAAAACAACAUCAUUUAUGUAUCAAGUGCUGGCAAUAAUGGCCCGUGUCUAUCAACUGUUGGCUGUCCAGGAGGAACGACCUCUAGUGUCAUAGGAGUUGGCGCGUAUGUUUCUCCGGAUAUGAUGGUUGCAGAAUAUUCCCUCCGAGAAAAGCUACCUGCCAAUCAAUACACUUGGUCUUCAAGAGGUCCUAGUAUUGAUGGAUGCCUUGGAGUCAGUAUAAGUGCACCUGGAGGAGCCAUAGCGUCAGUUCCAAAUUGGACCCUGCGUGGCACACAGUUAAUGAAUGGAACAUCUAUGUCUUCUCCCAAUGCUUGUGGGGGCAUUGCACUAGUGUUAUCAGGUCUUAAAGCAAAUGAAGUCCCUUACACAGUUCAUUCAGUUAGAAGAGCUCUUGAAAACACUGCUAUGAAGGCGGAAAACAUUGAAGUCUUUGCUCAAGGACAUGGCAUUAUUCAGGUUGACAAAGCUUACGACUACCUCAUGCAGAAUGAUUCACCAGCCAGUAAGAUAGGGUUCACAGUUACAGUGGGAAAUGGCCGUGGAAUCUACCUCAGGGAUCCAGUACAGGUUGCUGCCCCAUCAGAUCAUGGUGUAGGCAUCGAGCCUAUGUUUCCAGAAAACACAGAUACCUCUGAAAGGAUUGCCCUCCAACUUCACUUGGCACUUGUCUCAAGCGCUUCCUGGCUUCAGUAUCCCAGUCACUUGGAGCUAAUGAACCAGUGUAGACAUAUAAAUGUCCGUGUGGAUCCUCGUGGUUUACGUGAAGGAGUGCAUUACACAGAGAUUUGUGGUCAUGAUGUAUCUGCUCCUAAUUCCGGUCCAUUAUUCCGAGUUCCUGUAACUGUUAUUAUUCCAGCAAAACUCGGUGAUUCUACAUAUGACAUGGAGUGCAAAGAUAUUCAUUUCAAAUCGGGACAAAUUAAGCGCCAUUUUAUUGAAGUUCCUCAAGGUGCUACAUGGGCUGAGGUUACAGUGAACUCUCGCUCUGCAGAUGUUGCUUCUAAGUUUGUUCUUCAUGCGGUUCAGCUAGUGAAGCAAAAAGCUUACAGAAGUCAUGAGUUUUACAAAUUUACAUCUUUGCCUGAGAAUGGGUCAGUGACUGAAGCAUUUCCUGUGCUGGGGGGCAAGACCAUAGAAUUUUGCAUUGCACGUUGGUGGGCAAGUCUCAGUGAUGUCCGUAUUGACUAUUCAGUUUCCUUUCAUGGAGUUGUUUGUGGACUGACCCAGCUCAAUAUUCAUGCAUCUGAAGGGGUUUCUCGUUUUGAUGUGGUUUCUACAUUAAAGUAUGAAGAUCUCUCUCCCAGCAUAAGUUUAAAGAAUUGGGUGCAAACUGUAAGGCCUGUCAGUGCCAAGACCAAACCUCUGGGUGCCCGUGAUGUUUUGCCAAAUAACCGCCAAUUAUAUGAAAUUGUAUUGACGUAUAACUUCCAUCAGCCUAAAUGUGGAGAAGUGACACCCAGCUGCCCGUUACUCUGUGAGCUAUUGUAUGAAUCUGAAUAUGACAGCCAGCUCUGGAUCAUUUAUGACCAGAACAAAAGACAAAUGGGUUCAGGAGAUGCCUACCCCCAUCAGUACUCUGUGAAGCUCGAGAAGGGAGACUACACAAUAAGGAUGCAAGUUCGUCACGAGCAAUUUAACGAGCUGGAACGUUUGAAAGACCUUCCCUUUGUGAUAUCUCACAGAAUGUCCAACACUUUGAGUCUGGAUAUAUAUGAAAGUCACAGCAUGGCCCUCUUAGGGAAGAAAAAGGCAAACACCAUCACAAUACCGCCAAAGCACAGCCAGCCAUUCUUUGUUACAAUGCUACCCGAUGAUAAAGUACCUAAAGGUGCUGGUCCAGGCUGCUAUCUGAGUGGCACGCUGACGUUGUCCAAGACCGAACUAGGCAAGAAAGCUGGGCAGUCUGCAGCAAAGCGACAAGGAAAAUUUAAAAAGGAUGUUGUUUCUGUGCACUAUCACUUGAUACCAUCUUCAAAUAAACCAAAGAAUGGCAGUAAGGACAAAGAAAAAGAAGCGGAGAAAGAAAAGGAUGUGAAAGAGGAGUUUGCUGAAGCUCUACGAGAUUUGAAGAUACAGUGGAUGACAAAACUUGAAAGCAAUGAAAUCUUCAGUGAACUGAAAGAAUCCUUUCCUAACCACCUUCCCCUGUACGUGGCAAGGCUUCAUCAGCUGGAUUCUGAAAAGGAGCGCAUCAAACUUAUCAAUGAAAUCAUUUCCGCUGCUACUGAUGUAAUCUCUAGAAUUGACCAGACUUCUCUAGCCUUUUUCUUUGCCAUGAAGACUGAUCCACGACCAGAUGCAGCCACUAUAAAAAAUGACAUGGACAAGCAGAAAAAUACCCUGAUUGAUGCCAUGUGUAGAAAAGGCUGUGCCCUGGCAGAUAAAGUGCUCCACCUUGAGUCCAAGGAGGGUGCUGCUUCUUCUGAUGGUGAUGGAAGAGAAGAUGAUCAUGAGGUUGCUUUGGAAGCCUUAAACGAAACUUACUGGGAAGUGACUAAAUGGGCUGACGUAUAUGACUCCAAGGUGUUACCAUUUGUCUAUAAACAUGCUUUGGCGAAUAAAUUAUAUGGACGAGGCAUAAAAUCGGCAACGAAGAUUGCAGAGGAGAAGCCAACUAAAGAAAACUGGAAAAACUGUGUCCAGCUGAUGAAGUUGCUUGGAUGGACCCAUUGUGCAUCUUUCACAGAAAACUGGAUCCCAGUCAUGUAUCCUCCAGAUUACAGUAUUUUCUAAAAUCCCACUGACAACUAAAACUGUUUUCUACAAGUCUUAGAACUGGGGAUAUUUAGAGCUGUGUAUGAUUUUUAGGUUGUUUUUUUUCUAACGCAUGUUAUUUGUUAAUGUAAGACAUCUGUUAAUCUGUGUAUUUAUCUGCCAAUUCACCUUUGUGCUUCAUAGUGUGAGGUAUUUGGAUGGGUAUGAUUUUUGCAUGCCUAGUUGGGUAUUUUAAACAGAAGAGCAGGAUUUUACAGCUGGCAUAUUUUAACAUUUUAUGUUUAGGUUAUCAAUGCCUUAAUCAUCUAGAAUAAGUCAGUUUAUUUAUUGGUUACAGAAGAUUACAUCCCAUCAGCUACUUACUGUGAAGGUCGCCAUUUUUGCUGCCAAAUCAGAAUUUGCGAGAAUUCAGCCAUUAAAUUUAGCUCGUAAAGGCGCAGCAUAUGGAUUUGUCGCCACUGUAAGCAACUGAUGGCAUUUAUCAUAGUACAGUUUACACUUCCAACAAGUGAACAGGUUUUCUUUUAAGAUCGACGAAUUUUAUACAAAAGGGACAAUCAAAUUAGAUUUUUGAACACAAUGGAAAUUUUUUGUCCUUCCAUGUUUGAGUAGUUCUGCUUUUACAAGUCUUUUUUGCAUUUACACAAUUAUGUAUGAAAAGAGAUUGCUUAACAUGUGUAGCCAUCAGAGAAGUUUAUUCAAGCAAUAGUGUGGAAGGCAUUGAAUGCUCUUUAUUCAGGUACACUGUAAAGCUAUACAUAUGUUUAUCAACAGAAAUAUGUAAAAUAAAGCCGAAGCCACCAUGCACACAACAAAAUGUAACAAAUUCCAGUAUCUAGUUGUUGUUUUUUUUUUUAUUUACAUGAAUUAUAAAAUUAUCAUGG